AUGCAUCUUUGCCUUGCAAAAUCUGGGUUCCUACAAGCAUGGCCUAAAAACAGAUUCCCGUCAUUUCUCUCAAGACUGUGUCAACAUACUUGCACCCUCGUAGGCUUUGACCGCCGCAAAGAAGAAAUCAAGAAGCAGCUUCUCGAAGCUGCCGAGGUGACUGGAUUUUUCACCCUGGUCGACCAUGGCAUCACUAUAGAUGAGAUUGAGGCUCAAUUCCGAGCUGCCGAGAAUUUCUUCACUCUACCGGCCAAAGUCAAGGAUAAAGUCCGUCAUGAUCCCCGGACGAACAACGGCUGGGAGUACAAAGCUCAGCUGCGGCCCAGUACAGGCGCCUACGACCAGAAAGAGUCUCUGUGGUUGAUGCGAAAUUCACAGUGGCCCAGCAAUCAGGACGUGCCCAACUUUCGCGGAACCACGACGCGAUUCAUGGCCAAGUGCGCCUCCAUUUCUGGCCAAGUCUCUCUCGGUUUCGACGAAGACUACCUGGUGACGGCCAACGAUCCCACCCAGCCCGACUGCAUCAGCCAGUUGCGACUCCUCCAUUACCCGGCGGCAGACAACGCCUCGGGCACCUGGAGGGCCGGUGCGCACACAGACAUAGGAUGUCUCACGCUGCUGUUCCAGCGAGACAAGCAAGAUGGUCUGGAGAUCUGCACCGGCCGAGAUUCACACACUGGUUUCGACGUGGGUGACUCGUUCACGCCCAUACCGGCUCACACAGGGCCGAUUGUAGUCAACAUUGGCGACAUGCUAAGUACGAAGAAGCCCCGGCCUCGUGAUUCUCUUCCUAAACACAAAAAGGUCGCAGCGAACUGA